AUGUCUGUCACAACAAAUCUUAUCAAAGCAGCUGUUAUUCAAGCUGAACCAGUCUGGUUUGACUUGGCUGGUACUAUUACAAAAACAUACUAUCUGAUCAAAGACGCUGCUUCGAAAGGAGCGCAUAUUAUUGCCUUCCCUGAGCUUUGGUUACCGGGAUAUCCUGCAUGGAUCUGGGAGAGCAGGUUCAUUGUGCGGCAUGGCCUUGCGUCCCUGUCUACUCAGGUGGACCCGAACCAUACUCGAUGUCCGAUGAAGGUACGAUCAUCACCAUCCUUUGAGACCCAUCUAAUCCAUGCAAAGCGGUAG